CUCUCGUUUAAUGUUUGUUUAUAUGUCUCAUUGUAAAUAAGACGCGGUGACUGACGCACAGAGUAUUUUUAUAUUAGAGUAUAAAAAAAGUGUUAUUCAAGAUAUACGAACAAACGUUUAUUAAGGAGGAAAGUGAACAUGGAACUAUUUGAAGAAUUGAAGCUCAGCGUGACUAUAUCAUUACCAAUAUUAUUGUACUGGAUUUACUGGAGGUGGCAACACCGUCGGAUGCUAGAACUAGCGGCGCUGGUGCCUGGACCGCCAGCGUUACCUGUUUUAGGUAACGCUUUAAUGUUCAUGGCACAUCCAGAAGAACAACUGAUUAAAAUAGCGGAAUUAUUAAACAAGUACGGGCAGUAUGUAAAGUUUUGGCUGGGCUCGGAUUUGAAUAUUUGUGUAAAAAAUCCGGCUGAUAUUAAGUAUCUACUGACAAGUAACAAAGUGAACCAGAAAGGGCCGCUUUACGAGUUUAUGACGACUUUUAUUGGACGUGGAAUUCUGACAGGAGGACCGACAUGGCGCUUGUACAGAAAAAUAGCGACGCCGUCGUACAACAAGAAAUCAGUUAAAGUAUUCGGGGAUGUUUUUAAUCGAGAAGCAGAAUGUUUAUCAAAUGUUCUAUGUAACAAGGACCCUGCGAUUAUAUUUGAUGUUUACUAUGACGUCGUCAAUUGUACCACUCAAUGUAUAUGCCAAACGCUAAUGGGUCUUUCUAAGGAAGAAACAGAAAACAUUAAAAAUCUUAAUGAAGUCGUUACUAAGACGCAAAGCAUGUAUUCGUUAAUAUUUUCAAAAAUGACUCGAUGGUGGCUACAAAUACCAUUCAUUUACUGGGUGACGGGGAAUAAGGCGACAGAAAAAUACUUUUUGAAGAUAGUUGAUGAGAUGACGUCAGAUAUAUUACAAAAGAGACGAAACGCAUUACAACGUGAGACGGAGAUAGACGAUACUCUGGGAGUUGUUGAUAGAUUUAUAUUAAAUGGAUUGCCUGAUGAAGAAAUAAAGCUGGAAACGUUUAGCUUAUUUACAACAAGUCAAGAAGCGUCAGCGAAAAUAGCUUCUGCUGUCCUAUUGUUUUUAGCUCAUUUACCAGAAUGGCAGGAGAAAGUUCACAAAGAGGUCAUAGAAGUAGUCGGUCCCCAUGACGAGCACAUCACAGAAGAACAGUUGAAGAAACUCACCAAUUUAGACAUGGUCUACAAAGAAGUGCUACGGUAUAUGUCCAUUGGGGCCAUGAUACAGCGGACUGUUGAAGAGGAGAUCACCAUUAAUGAUGGUAAAAUUACUCUACCGACCGGCACCUCUCUUGUAAUUCCAAUCCAUGAAUUACACCGCGACGCUCAGUAUUGGGAGGAGCCUUACAAAAUCAAACCGGAAAGAUUCCUGCCUGAGAACAUUAAGAACCGGGACCCUAAUGCCUUCAUUCCUUUCAGCUUAGGACCUAUGGAUUGUUUAGGGCGAAUAUAUGCAACAACAUUAAUCAAAACUCUAAUUGUCAAGAUCGUACGGAGAGUGCAGCUAGAAGCAGACGGCCGAUUAGAAGAUUUAGAACUUCAUAUAGCUAUAUCUGUGAAAUUUGCCGAUGGGUACAACUUAAGGGCUAGAAAACGAAGAGCGAGUAACAGUUGCACAUUACAACAUGGAUAAAAAGUUUGACAUUUAAGCUUUGUUUGUAUUCGAAUUAUUACAAGAAAUAUAAAUUUUUUUUAAAUGUUAUUAACCUUUAACGGGGCGCACGAAAAUAAUUAUAUUGUUAGUAGCGCGGAGUAGCAGUUACCCCACGUUAUAAGGUUAUGAAAUGAAAAAAUAUUUUACUGAAUUAUUACCUACUCGUAUUUUAGAAAAAUGUCAAAUAACCCAAGAGAUAUAUUUGU